GUUCUAUCUUUUAGCAUGUAGCUAAAUCCAAUAUACUGUAAUUAUGUAACAAAUGCAAUGUCGUUUUUUUGUGCUUUUGCUGGUGCUCAAUCCUUACGAAUCUUUCUUACGUUUUGAGGAACAUUUUAAUGGUAUUGGAACUAAAAAGCUGCUUAAAAGUAAUUAAGUGCAGCCUUGGUGAGCAUAAGAGACUUCAUUCAAAAACCCUGAGCAACAGCUGCCAUAAAAAUAAUGAUUGCGUUGAAGUGCUAUUUCUCUCUUCCACUGGUGGCAGGGGCAUUAUUAGUGGGCCUCCCUUACAGUAUCUCUCUAGUUGCCCAAUGGCUCUAUGGCUGGCCCAAUAAACCAGGGUACCAAAAAUAUAUAGAGGCUCUCAAACCAAGGCGCAUAUACUGCCUGACAAGAGCUGUGCUGGAGAUGCUGAAAUAUCUGCAGUACGGCAAACUGUACUUUCAGUGGAAGCUGUGGUACAGUAAUGACAAAAAUAACAAGCACUAUGUGAAAGGGAUAACCUUUGGUCGGCAAGGGAACAAACUAGAUUUAUAUUAUUCACCAAGCAUGGGUCAUUCUGAUGCUGCUCCUGUACCGGUGGUUGUUUUUGUGUACGGAGGUGCCUGGGGAUCAGGAGAUCGCUCCAUUUACUGUCUGUUAGCCAUACAAAUGGCAAAAGAGCUUAAUGUCUCUGUCAUUUGUCCAGAUUACUCCAUAUAUCCAAAGGGAAAUGCUUUAAAUAUGGUUCAAGACAUUAGUGACAGUUUGCUGUGGGUGAGAGAAAAUGGACAAACAUUCAAUCUUGAUCAAGACAACAUAAUAUUGAUAGGACAUUCAGCAGGGGCUCAUCUGUGUGCCCUUACCACACUGUUUCUGGUGAACAAUGCAGACGAACUGUUCAUUGAAACCAACAAACAGAAAGACCUCGUAUCUUCCAUUAAAGGAAUCAUAGGCUUGAGCGGUGUUUACAGUAUAAUGGAUCAUUAUAAUCAUGAGAAAAUGCGGGCUGUUGAAUAUGUGUCAACUAUGCACAAAGCUAUGGAUGGUGUGAAGAACUUUGAUUAUUAUUCACCAACAUCAUUACUCAAGAAACUGAAUGAGGAUCAGUUGAAACGAGUUCCUCCAGUGGCUUUGCUCCAUGGAACCAAUGACAUCAUAGUUCCGGUGGAAUCAUCAGUGAAGUUCUCUGAGCUCCUCACAGCCCUUUCGAUCAGGAUGUCUCUCUAUCUAAUACCCAAAAUGAACCACACAGAGAUGGUCACUGACCUUAUGGCUCCAGACAGGCACUUUUACCAUACUGUUUAUGGCUGUAUCAAACAGGAGUAUAGUAAAUUUCAAGGUUACGUUGAUUAAUAUUUCUCAUUCAGUGCAUUACUAAUAUCAUUUUCCAUAAUGCCUGACAGUCAUUCUACACUACCAGUUAAAGAAGUCUCUUCUGCUCACCAAUUCUGCAUUUAUUUGAUCCAAAGUACAGCAAAGCAGUAAUAUUGUGAAAUAUUUUUACCGUUUAAAAUAACUGCUUACUAUUUGAAUAUAUUUUAAAAUGUAAUUUAUUCCUGUGACCGAAGCUACAUUUAAAAAAAAGAGAAAAAUUUUAAGAAAUUAUAGAAAUUAAUACUUUUAUUUAGUAAGGAUGCUUUUUGAUCAAACGUAAUGAUAAAGACAUUUAUAAUGUUACAGAAGAUUUCUAUUUCAGAUAAGUGCUGUUGUUCUGAACUUUCUAUUCAUCAAAAAAACCUGAAAAAAAAAAGUACUCUGCUGUUUUCAACAACAAUAAUAAAUGUUUAAGUCUAAAUGUUUUGAGCAGCAAAUCAGAAUAUUAGAAUGAUUUCUUAAGGGUCAUGUGAAUGGAUUAAUGAUGUUAAAAAUUCAGCUUUGCAAUCACAGGAAUAAAUUACAUUUUAAAAUAUAUUUAAAUACGGACCAGCUGUUUUAAAUAGUUAAUUUUAUUUUAGCUGCUUUGGAUCAAAUAAAUGCAGGCUUGCUGAGCGGAGGAGAUUUUAGAAACCACUAAAAAUCUUACUGUUAAAAAAUUUUGACUGGUAGUGUACGUUCAUGCUUUUACUGUAAGUUUACAUUCAAGUUCUAAUGAUGUCUUCUAAAAUGUUUAAUUUUCAAUCAAAAAUGUGUUUAAUAACCCAUUACAUAAGAUGUGAUUGUAAUCUGUACAUUCUGUUAAUGUUUAUUUAAAUGUAAAAAAGAA